CCCCCUCGGGCCGCCGCCGCCGCCGGGCGGAGGGAGCGCCAGCCCGGCCCGCCCCGCGCCCGCUCCCGCCCCGGCCCGGCCCUGGCCCCGGGAGGGCGGGCGGCGCUGCCGCCGAGCAUGGCGAGCCGCCGCCUGGCCCCGCGGCGGAGCGGCGGGGGGCGCUGACCCGGCCCCGGCGGGCCCCCCGCGCCGCGAGACCCCCGCGUGUCCUGUGCUAUGAGCAUUCAGUGUGACUUCUCCGCGAGCAGUUGCAAAUGAAAAUGGAGGAUAUGUCUUUGUCUGGCCUGGAUAACAGCAAACUGGAGGCCAUCGCGCACGAGAUCUACACGGAGCUGGUGGAGGAUGCGUGCCUGGGGCUCUGCUUCGAGGUGCACCGCGCCGUCAAGUGCGGCUACUUCUUCCUGGACGACACGGACCCUGACAGCAUGAAGGACUUCGAGAUCGUGGACCAGCCUGGCGUGGACAUCUUCGGGCAGGUGUACAACCAGUGGAAGAACAAGGAGUGCGUGUGCCCCAACUGCAGCCGCAGCAUCGCUGCCUCCCGCUUCGCGCCUCACCUGGAGAAGUGCCUGGGCAUGGGCCGCAACAGCAGCCGCAUCGCCAACCGCCGGAUCGCGAGCAGCAACAACAUGAACAAGUCGGAGAGUGACCAGGAGGACAAUGACGACAUCAAUGACAACGACUGGUCCUAUGGCUCCGAGAAGAAAGCAAAGAAGAGGAAAUCGGACAAGGUGAGGGGUGGGGGACAUGGGGUGGGGCGCACAGGGGGGCGUGGGGUUGGGGACACGGGGACACUGCCGUCCCAACACCCGCUGUCCCCGCAGAACCCCAACUCGCCCCGCAGGUCCAAGUCCCUGAAACACAAAAAUGGUGAGAUCGGCGGGAACCCCGAUCCCUUCAAGUACAGCAGCUCGGCAGGGAUCAACUACGAGACGCUGGGCCCUGAGGAGCUGCGGACGCUGCUCACCACGCAAUGCGGGGUCAUCUCCGAGCACACCAAGAAGAUGUGCACCAGGUCCCUGCGGUGUCCCCAGCACACGGAUGAGCAGCGGAGAUCAGUCCGGGUUUACCUCCUUGGUCCCUCUGCGUCCCUGCCGGAGGCGGAGGGCAGCGUGGAGAACGACAGCUUCGAGGUGGCGGAGAGCCAGGCCAUCAUGAGCCGGCUGCAGUGGGACGGCUCCUCCGACAUCUCGCCCUCCGACUCGGCCUCCUCGAAAGCCAGUACAAACAACUCUGAGUCCCGCAAGACCAAGAAGAAGAAGCCCCACUUGGGGCUGGUGAGCGGCGCCCCAGGACUCGGCUCCAGCAAGAAGAAGAAGCCCAAACCCCCCCCGCCCCACACCCCCAGCAUCUACGACGACAUCAACUGAGCACAGCGGAGGUGACGGGGUGGGAUGGACAGACGGGGCGGGGGCAGCCCCUCCCACCCCUUGAUUUGGACACAAAGCAGGUACCUGGGGUGUGCAGGAUGGAGGACUUGGCCAUCGCCGCUGAGGGGAGGUGGGGGCCUAGCUUUGGGAGCCCCUGUUUGUGCCCCCCUUCCUCCCGCCCCGGUGCCUCUAUUUAUUCUGUGACAGUUUUUGUACGCGGGGCUCCCCUCAGGGCUGCGAGGGGGUGUCUUGCUCAGAGGUGGGGGCACAACCCCCUCCCCCUUUCCCUUCCCACCAUCCACCCAAAAACUGGCUGCGCCCCCUCCCACACUCACUCUGCUGGCCUCCAGUGGCGUGGGGGGCACCUGGACCCCCAGGCAGGUCCCACAUGGGCGCUGGGGGGUGCAGAUCCCUCCUGCCCUGCGUUUUGGGGCUGCUUCCCCGGCCCUGUGCCCAGGCCAGCGCUCACUGCUUGGGGCUGGCUCAGGACCGGGGGAGCAUCUGGGGGCUCCUGCUCAGAGGAGACAAGCGGGGACCCCCAAACACCCCAAAUCUGUUGCUGGGGAGUGUUCGGGGCCCAUCCCUGUCCCUGGGGGGGUCCUGCAUGCUGAAUCCUUCGUGUCUGGGGGGAAUACCAGGGGAGGACAGAGCUGCCGCCCCAUCCCCUGCUCCAGCUGGGCCGCCCCGACCUGCUGGGAAAUGCGCUGUACCCCCACAGAGCAAACUGGGGGUACAGAGCCCCCCAUCCCUAGGCUGGUGGCCCUGGGGCAGGGCUGUGUCCCUGUCCCCACAUGCCUGGGGACCCCUGGCAGCUCUGGUUGGUGUUUGUACCCCCGUGGGCUCCAGUCUCCAGCCUGGUCCCCCCCGUUGUAUCCCCCGCUGUCUGACACCCCAAGUUCAGCUGUAUGUUGGGGGGGCUGCUCUUCCCCCUGUGCCGCGGUGGCAUGGCCGGUCCUUUCCGGGGGUCUCGCGAAUUUUGGUGCUCUCGACUCUGGAUUCACUAUUGUUCUAAAUCUGCUGCUAAAGGCGAGUGCUGUGGUGGGACGUGGGGGUGUCCCCACAGUGCCCUGGGCACCCCAAACUGUCGGGGGGGCCCAGCUGUGAGGUGACCCCCCCUCCCUCCCUCCCCACUGCGCUCGGCAGUGGCUUCUGGCACAGCUUUGGGGCGGGGGGGGCCGGCCCCCGGAACAUGCCAAGCUGGCCUUUGCGUGCUCCGGGGACAGGGGUCCAGGCACCCAGAGACAUGGGGGACCACCCUGGGCCCCCCCUCUGCUGCCUGGGGAGGGCACAGCGACCGGGCUGGCAGGGAGACGCAGCCUGAGCCUCUCCAGCUGCAGAAGUGCCGCAAUUUGGGGUCCAAGGGCUGUAAUGGGGGUUUGGAGGUGUCCCGUACCCCCGCCCAGGUCCGUAUCCUCCCCCCGGCAGACCCAGUGGCCACCCGAGGCCCCCCCAGGCUGGGACUUGUGUUUUUGGCACGUUCUCCAUCCCGUACGGGCAGCUGAGCCGUUGUGAGGUCUGUGUGUCCCGUUCGUGGGUUGUGGCUGCCCCUGUAAAUAAAACUGCAUCUUGACUUGGUA